AUGGUUUCAAGUGCAGCGUCGGCCUCCGUGGGGAACAUGGUGCUCAUAUCGAUCGAUCGCUUUGUAGCUAUUUGUUAUCCUCUGCAGUACCCCAGCAGAAUCACUCGCAGCAGGGCGGAGGUGUCCGUGAGCCUGUGCUGGGCCUGUUCACUUCUCUACAACGGGCUGAUCUUAAAGGACCACCUCAGGCAGCCGGACAGAUACAACUCCUGCUACGGGAAGUGUUUGGUGGUGAUUGACUAUGUCUCGGGCACUGUUGACCUUGUUUUCACAUUUAUCUGCCCCUGCUCAGUCAUCGUCAUCCUGUACAUGAGGGUGUUUGUUGUGGCCGUGUCUCAGGCUCGUGCCAUACAGUCUCACGUUACAACUGUUGGAGUCGGUACGCUAACAAUCACUGCUAGGAAAUCAGAGAAAAAGGCAGCCAGGACUCUAGGUGUUGUGAUAUUAGUGUUUCUGAUGAGUUUCUGUCCUUACUACUAUCCCUCUCUGGCAGGACAAGACAUCUCAAACAGUGCUUCGUCCUGGGCCAUUGUGUCCUGGUUGGUGUAUUUCAAUUCUUGUCUAAAUCCUCUGAUAUAUGCCUUUUUCUAUCCGUGGUUUAGAAAAGCCAUCUGGUACACAGUCACCCUGAAGAUACUGGAGAAGGACUCCUCCCAAGCAAAAACACUUUAA